UACGCCAUAUUGAAUUCUCGCAGGAAUGGGCUAGCAUUUUUUUUGCAGCUAGCGGUGAGAAGGGGCCACUUUAUCAAUGGUCCUAAUUCGGUUUAAUGUUUAAAUAUUCCUCUUUUCGUAACCCCGGACAGCGAAGCGACCUUUGAAGGGUCCAGGAAGCGGCGCAGAUUCACAACGGGCUCGCUAGCUUUAGUUAGAUACUAGAAGGGGGGUUGCCAGAGAAAGAAGUUGAAUGGAUCCGAGGGUAGCUUGGAUUCAGCCCGAACAGAAAGGACCUGCGAACGCCUUAUGGAUGCACGUCUGGGAGACCUCUCAGGGAGUACGGACGCUCUCCGCUCAGCAGCAGCUCCACAAUCAAAAUCACAACCAGUGUGUGAAUUACGCUGCGUUGGAUGUUUUAAAAAAUGUGGCCACCGCGGUGGCAUCGAGCAAGAGCAUUUGCAGCAGCAACGGUAACAUUACUGCCAGUCGGAGCAGCGGCAGCAGCCAUCACAGCAUCAUGAACGGCACUACUAGUAUUAACGGCACUGCGAUUUCCUCGCUGGGGAUGGCACUGUACAACGGGAACGCACAUAACUCUUUAACCACGGCAAACACCGCUGAACCAGGUGAGGGCAAAAUCCUGCCUCAGAAGACGGGAUCUGUCUCCUCCUCGUCCUCUUCACAGGAGUCCUCGACGGACAGUCCCCCCUCCAGCUGCUCACUUGAGAGGACUAUGGGUGGGAAUGUAUCGGGCAACAUUAAUAAAAACGUCGGGGGUGCCAAUGUGCUCUUUAGCUUGAGCGACAGCAUGGACAAUAAUGUCAACCUUUACCACCACCAUCAUCACCGUCACCUACAGGAGCACCCGGCUUUCAAUAUACAGCAGGUCUGCGUGAAGCGUCAUCAGGUUCACCCCUCUGUACCUGUAAAUCACACACACAAUCACCACCCAGGCCGAAGGAAAAGUGACAAUAAGGCGAGCACUUAUGGGAUGAAUUACUUGCUUUCAAACUGCACUAAUGGCAAUUAUGCGAGCACUUGGACGCCUUGGAAGACGAGGAAGUACAACCCUGGGGUCCUCGGACUGCACGAGGAGGUGAUGGACUUCUACAACUUCAUGUCUCCUCGGCCAGAGGAAGCAGCUAUGAGAAAGGAGGUGGUGAACCGGAUAGAGAUGAUCAUCAAGGAGCUGUGGCCCACUGCGGAUGUCCAAAUAUUUGGCAGCUUCAGCACAGGACUCUACCUUCCAACAAGUGACAUUGAUCUGGUGGUGUUUGGGAAGUGGGAGCGCCCUCCACUGCAAGAGCUAGAACAAGCUCUUCGCAAACAUAAUGUGGCAGAACCUUUCUCCAUCAAAGUGCUGGACAAGGCUACAGUGCCAAUAAUCAAGCUGACAGACCAGGAGACUGAGGUGAAGGUGGACAUCAGUUUCAAUGUGGAGACUGGAGUCAAGGCGGCAAGCUUCAUUAAAGACUAUGUAAAGAAGUAUCCAGUGCUGCCUUACCUGAUUUUUGUACUCAAGCAGUUUCUGCUGCAGAGAGAUCUAAAUGAAGUCUUCACCGGGGGCAUCAGCUCUUACAGCCUCAUCCUCAUGGUCAUCAGCUUCCUACAGCUCCAUCCUCGUAUCGAUGCCAGGAACCCUAAUGAGAACUUGGGGGUCUUGCUGAUCGAGUUCUUUGAGCUGUACGGCCGCCAUUUCAACUACUUGAAAACAGGGAUUCGCAUCAAAAAUGGAGGCGCAUACAUAGCCAAAGAGGAGAUCAUGAAGGCCAUGACAAAUGGAUACAGGCCAUCCAUGCUCUGCAUAGAGGACCCACUGCUUCCAGGUAAUGACGUGGGGAGGGGUUCCUACGGUGCCAUGCAUGUCAAGCAGGUGUUUGAUUAUGCCUACACUGUCCUGAGUCAUGCUGUGUCACCACUUGCACGGUCGUAUCCCAACAAAGACUGUGAAAGCACCUUGGGCAGGAUAAUCAGAUUGACCCAGGAAGUGAUCGACUACAGGGAAUGGAUCAUUAAGAAAUGGGGGGGCAGGGAUCUGGCACGAACAGACAACAGAGUUUCACAUCCCAAGGACCCAGUGUCGGAGCAGGAGCCCAGCUGUGUCCUGGGUGGUGGUGUUGGGUCGGAGGAGCAGCAGAGGGACUCAGUGUCGCCCCACAGCGCAGACUCCCCCAUGUCAAUCUCCAGCCCUCAGCAGCACUCAUCAGCCUCCUCUGUCUCCUCACUGUCUGGAUCAGACAACGACUCCGAUUCGACGUUGUCAUGUCCCGUCCCUCCGCCAUCCCUGCCACCAUACCCGUCUUUCCCCCCUCUGGGCCUAGCUUUGCCACCAGGACUCAAUAUGGGCACCGGCAAGCCCGGCAUGGGAGGACACCAUCUGCUCAUGCCUCCAGGCUCACAGGCUCGCGUCUCUCUGCCCGGUGGUCUAGCAAUGCACUCCAUACCUGGCAGACAGGUGUGUAUAGACACCGGGCUCCCCCCCUUCUUCCACAUGCCCCCCCCAGCCCAUGCUCAUGCCCCCGCCCCUUCCAGCCCCCAGCCUCCGCCCAGCCCCCACUCCAGCCACACACACAAGAAUGGAACCAAGUUCAAUGUGAAGGGCUUCCACAACCCACCGCUUGUCAACAACCCUGUUCUGGCUAACCGCGGACACACUCACACUCACACACACACACAGUAUCACCGCAACACUUGGCGACGCAGAAAGAGGGACAGCCUACCGGUUAGCCUCAGCAGAUAGAAACCACUCCUCUUCCCAUAACUUUUCCUCCCUCUCCUCCUCUCUGGCUGCAAACCCUGGCUCUUCGUUCGUCUCGAAGGAGGAUGGACAGGCAGACAGAGGACCAGAGACCAGCAGUUUUCAUUCUGGGGCUGCCACGACAUGGAACAACAGCCUUCAGCUCUGCAUCUUCCUCCUACUAUCUCUACCUUUCCAUUUCUGCAUGACUUUUGUUCACAGUUUUGUAGUUUCAGUAUUAUGUUAAUUUCCGUAUUUUGUUUUUCUCCUCUUUGUUUCAGGUCUACUCCUGUUUUUCAUUUAUUGCUAUUGGACUUGGUGGUAAUGCCAUCACCGAGUUCACUUGACCUCGCCUCGACCCUCACAGCCAAGCUGGCUGAGGUUCAGUGUUACUUUUUAUUUGUUUUGUUUUUUGUUUUUGUUUUUGUU